AUGACCUCGGAAAUGCCGAUCUUCGAUCAGAAGAUCGAAAUUCUUUAUGUGAAGCGAAAAUCGAAGCAAGUGGAGCGCUUCCAGUCCGAAAUAACGCCCACCAAAACUAGGAAAACGCCAAAGAAGCCAGCGAAUUUCGAAGGCAGAGGAAUCGGACUCGCAGUGUCGAAGAUGGAGGGCGUUUGCUCGCGAAUCGACAUGGAAGCAGAAAUGGAGCUGAAAACCGUCUACUACGUCUUCUACCUCCGCCGCCGAGUCGCCAAAGCAGACGUCAAGGACAAACUCAAGGCUUUUAACGGCUGGCCCUUUUCUGCCGCUUCCAAGCAAUAUGCAAAAGCGCUUGAAAAUCUCCUGAAUCUGACGACGCCUUGCAUACAAUGGGUAAUGAACAUCAUCGGAUUAACGAUUCACGCAAACGACCAGAAAGAACAUCUGAUUCAACGACUAGCUGAAUGGUGUCUAAGACCAAUUGAUAAUGGCGACUUUUUCAUACCUGUGGCUGAUCCGAUGCCUUUUAUGGAAAACGACCACCGUAAAGCUCCGAAAUUAGAGUUCGAGGAAGACAACAUGCUCGAAGUCGGCAGGGGCGAAAACGGCGCGCCGGUGAUUUUGAGCAACACGAUCGCUGGAGAAUUCGAUCUGAAUCGAAACGGCUACUCUCGAGUUCCGCACAUUUCCCACACACCUUCGUCUCCCUCUUUUGCGGCGCCUUACACCCCUCGUGCUGUUCCGAUGCCGGUGACAACGACUCCAAAUAUCAAUCGUCCUCUCGUCUCUCCGGAAAAUCCUCGUCUCCCGCCAAAGAAGCGGAUUCGAAACCGUCACACUCCAGCCGAAACGGUCGAUCUUACAGACGAGCAUAUUCCAACAGAAGAGGAAGUAAUUGCCGUGAUCAGAGAUGUUCUCACCGUUGAAAACUCUAAGAAACUUACUCUUCCUUACAUCCGGAUGAUGAUUUGCCGAAGAUAUCCCGAUUUCAACAUCGAUUCUGACGCCCAACGAAGCUGGAUCAAAGAACUAGUUCUGGAUCAACUCCAGCUCAAGAAAGCGGAAGAAAGAGCCGCCAAAGAAGCCGCGAAACGAGCUGCUGAUGCCGCGGAGAAAGAGGAACAGAAAAAUGAGCAUUUCUAUGGAGCAGAACUGCAAGAAUGA